AUGACUGAUCGAUUUGUGAGUGAAGCUGAAUUGGAGGAGGCAAAAAAACGAAGGCAAGAAGAAUGGGAACGAGUCCGAAAACCGGGCGAUGCACUGGAAGCUCCCGAUGAAGAAGUGGACAAUCAAAACAUGAUUCGUGGUCUUGAUUCGGACGAAACUGAGUUUUUGUCGAAAGUUGAUGAUUUGAAAGCGAAACAAGAUCGAUUAAUCAAGGAGGAAGAAAAGGCAAUACUGGGUGAGUUCGAACGAGUUCGGUGCAGAAAAAUAUCUGAAAAUGAACAUUCAUUGAGUAAAGCUCAGUUAAGACCCGAAGCGGGUAAUUCGAGCGCAGCACCCAAACAGAGUAAACAGGCGGCUAUUAUUAGAAGUGCAAUCAAGCGAAAAAGCACAAGUGAAUCGAAUGAUGUGGAGAAAGAAAAACGAACAGCGAAUGAGAAGAAUGGAAAUGAUGUCGAGAGUGAUAACAACAAUAAUAAUAAUGGCUCAGUUAAUAAUGAGAGAAUAACUUAUCCGUCAGCGAUGAAAGUUAUUGGUGUGUUACCCGGAAUUUGUCAGUAUGCUUCAUCGAGUGAUUCGAGUUCCGAUUCGGACAGUGAUUCAGAUGCGUCUGCUUCCGAGAGUGUAACGGUGGUGCCUGUGCUGGUGAGGACCGUUUCAGAGAAAAGUGAUAAAAGUAAACAGAGCGAAGGAUCAUCAGACGACUGA